UAGAAGCCGAGCAGCUGUUAGCUUGCGCCUACGUCAGACACCACAACAAUGGACUUUUGCUACUUUUUACGUGUUUUCUGAAGAUCUAUUUGUCUGGCUUCGAAUUAACGCUGAUGAUUUACGAUUAUACGGCGUUAUACUUUCAUUUUUGUGGGUAAGCGCAGAGGGAGGCGAUGGACUUCCAGAGCACGCGGCGCAGAGGGGAGGAUGGGAUCGCCGUGGUCAUAAACUUUCUGCUCUCCAACGCUCGGCUGGUCCUGGGCGUUGGAGGGGCGGCCAUCUUGGGGAUCGCCACACUGGCAGUAAAACGGCUAAUCGAGCGUGCGGGCCGGGCUGCCGAGGAGGAGAAGGUGGAGCAGAAGAUGGCUGAGAGCUGGGAGGAGAUCAGCCGAGUGUCUGCCUCUCCCACUCUGCUUAGAAGAGGCUUAGAGGGCGUGGUGCUCCAGGAGGUCUCCACGGCAACCAAACAACAGAAAGCGGACUUGUGCCAGCAGUCUCUAAUCUCCAGCCUGGAGGGACAGGAAGGAGCCGAACCCAAGUCCAAGAGGCUGCAGCUGUGUGUGCUCACUCUGCAGGAGCGCCUGCAGCAGUUCUACCGCAGCCGGGCCGCUCUCAGCCCACAGGAGGUGCAGAGAGCAGAAGCUCUGGCUCUGGACAUCUGCACUGAGAUCCAGGGCUUCCUCCACAGCAGACACCCGGACAUGCCCCUUGGAGAGAUGAACCUGGGUGGGUCACUCCUGGAUGACCUGCAGGUGGUGAGUGCAGACCACGCCUGUCUCCUGGUGCCUCUCCAGUUAGAGUCGUCCCUGUGGCGUCUGGUUCCUGGGGAGGAGACCCUGCUCACACACCCUCUGCACUGGAUGGUCCGGAGGGUUAACCUGGAGUAUUUCCCCAGAGGACGGAGCUACUGGGACAGGCAUCUGGUGGGUGGUUACCUGUCUUCAGAGGCCGUGGUGAGCAUGUUCAGUAAGUCUGUGAUGGAGACGAUGAACUGGCCCACCAUCAGCAGCACCAUGGACUGUGUGGUCAGACCUGUGCUGGGAGGACCCGAUUUCAGGCUGGGGAUUCAGGUUUCAAGUGCCACAGGAGGCGAUGCCAACAUGGACUCAAGCCUCAUCAUCACCAUGCUGCCGGUGCUGAGGGAGGGCGACGUGGCCCUGACUGCCCAGCCGGAGCUCACCUCUCCUUGGGGUAACGCCUGGCACCUGUCCCUGUACCCGUGGGAGACUCAGAGGCUGGCCCAGCUCGACACGGCGGACGAUGGCUGUCGCAGACUCUUACUCAAAAUCCUCAAGUCUAUAUGCAGACUAAACCCCGCCCUUCGCCCCCUCGAGGCCGCCCCAUUGGCCAAUCUCAUCCUCCACCUCAGCGACAGUGAGAGCGAUUGGGCAGAAAGCAGUCUGGAGGCGCGGUUUCAGCAGUGUAUCACCGAGCUGAUUGGCUACCUGGAGCAAGGGGCAUUACACAGUUAUUUCAAACCAGCGGUCAAUCUGUUAAAUGGGCUGUCGGAGGAUCAGGUGGACCAGAUGGGCUUUAUGCUCUACUGUGCCGUGUCAGAGCCCGAGAUUCUGCUCAUGUAAUUUAGAUGGAGUCAUUUGUCAUUUAGGGCUGCACAAUAUUAUCAACACUAAAGUCGAAUAAAUGUCAAAACUCAAACCAUUAAAUUUUUUCAUUUUGCUAAUUUAUAGAAAUUCAGAUCAGAGUUAAUUAUAUGUGGGAAUGUGGGGCAGUUUUAUUGUUUUAUUUUAUUUUUUAUUGGUUAUAAACAUUUAAACUAUGGUUUUAAUAAUAUAUUAAAUCAUAAAUGUCAGCAUAUUCUCUUAUAUAUUCUAAGAGGUGUGACGCAGGUUGCCUCUUACCCCUGACCUCUUCUUCAUCACUGCAACGAUAUUGAGACAAAUAUAAUGUUUUUUUUUUUUUUUUUGGGGGGGGGGUUUCCCAAUAACAAUAGAACAAUUUCAUGUCAGUGCAUCAGAAGUGUACUGAAACAUAAAUCUUUUAAAUUCAUAAAUUGCUGUUUAAGUAUCAGACAUUUUCAUUUUGAAUCAUGUUUUAUAAUUGUAACACUAUACUUGAUAUUAAAUGUAAGAUAUCUUCAAAACAACAUAUUCAGUAUGAUCAGUUUUGCACCAGUGUUGAUUAAUACGAUUGGGAAAAGGUAUUAUAUACACGAAUGGUGCUUACAUAAUUUGACUAUAGGAAACCAAAUUGGGAGAGUUCAGAAAUCUGAGUAAGCCACUUAACGUAAGGCUAUUAUGUAUCAGUGAAUUAGUGGUCCAGACUUUUUCAUUGUUUUCUGCUCCUUUCUGGUAUAAUUAAUUUGACAGUAUUGUGCAGUCCUACUUCAGUGUCCUCUUUGCCUGGUCUAACAGUAUUUUCUGCUGCUUGCUGCUCCCUUCUUUCAGUGAAAGAAACCGAAGUCUUUACUCUACAGUGAAGACAAAAAGCUAUUUUCUCAGUAAAUCCAGUUUGCCAAAAUCAAUGGACUUUUCAAGACCUCAUUCAACUUUGCGUCAGAAGUUGUGAAUUUCAUACGUUUUAGUAUCUGGAACCAUAGUGCUAAAGAUGAUCAUUGCUUCUGAAGAUAAUGUAACUAUGCCUUAUUUUUAAGCUUUGCACUACUCAUACUUGGUUCUCUCAUUUCUUUAUGUGCAAAGAACUAUAUAUUUUUUUUUAUUUAGAUUUUUGUUUAACCUCCACCUAGUAUUUUUGCUUUUUAAAAUUUGUCUUGUGAAAGUAGAAGUUUUGCAGAGAACAUUUUUGAUUUGAACGGGAAAUUGCAAUAAACUUUAAAUACUG